CCUCGGACAACGCGGCGCUGGCCGGAGGCGCUCACUGGGCGGCGGGACGCGGACGGGAGCGCAACGAGCCAGCGCGGGUGCGGAGCGAGAGCCUUGGCGGGAGGCUCCCAGCAUGUUCCAGUGGAAGAAGACCGUCUACAAGAGUGUACUCCUGUCCUUUGCCCUGGUGGUUGCAAUGACUGUCUUGCAGAGGGGCAUGACUCCGACCCAGUUCUUCCAAGGCCAGCCAGCCAAAGACCUCCUCUUCCAAGAGCCGGUCAAAGCUCAGAAGAGGGACAAUGUCAUCUCCCUCGCCGACAAUUUCUGGAAGAAGGCGGGGCCCCUGGCCACCCCUGCUCAAGUGACCUCGAAGCAAGUGACGUCGUGGGACGUCACCACCAUCAACUGCACGGCCAACCUCAACUUCACGAAGGACGACUGGUUCAAAGGAUUGGAGCCCAACUUCCGGCAGUUUCUGCUCUACCGGCACUGUCGGUAUUUCCCCAUCCUCAUCAACCACCCGGAGAAAUGCAGCGGCGACAUCUACCUGCUGAUUGUGGUGAAGUCCAUCAUCACUCAACAUGACCGUCGGGAGGCCAUCCGCAGAACCUGGGGCCAAGAAAAGGAGGUGGAUGGCAAGAAGAUCCGGACCCUUUUCCUGCUGGGGAUCGCCUCGAAGGAAGAGGAGCGAGCCAAUUACCAAAAGCUUCUGGAGUACGAGAACCACAUCUAUGGGGACAUCUUACAGUGGGACUUCCUGGACAGCUUUUUCAACCUCACCCUCAAGGAAGUGCAUUUCCUUAAGUGGUUCCACAUCUACUGUGACAACGUUCGGUACGUCUUCAAAGGGGACGACGAUGUCUUCGUGAGCCCCGACAACAUUAUGGAGUUCCUGCAGGACCAGAAGGAAGCCGACCUGUUUGCGGGCGACGUCCUCUUCAAAGCCCGGCCCAUUCGGAAGAAGGAGAAUAAAUAUUAUAUCCCCAACGCCUUAUACAACAAGAGCCAUUACCCGCCCUACGCGGGCGGAGGCGGCUUUGUGAUGGACGGUCCCCUGGCCAAGAAGCUCCACAAGGUCUCGGAGAUGCUGGAGCUGUAUCCCAUUGACGACGUGUUCCUCGGGAUGUGCUUGGAGGUCCUUCAGGUGACGCCCGUGGCGCACGCCGGCUUCAAGACCUUCGGCAUUGUGAAAAACAAGAACAGCAAGAUGAACAAGGAGCCGUGUUUCUACCAGAACAUGCUGGUAGUCCAUAAACUCCUUCCUUUGGAACUGUUGGAAAUGUGGGAUUUGAUCCAUAGUAACUUAACGUGUUCCAGGAAGCUCCAGAUCCUUUAGCUGCCACCUUUCAUGGUCGGAGCAGGAAAACUGGUGGGGAAAGAGGUCCGGGUCACGUUCCCAGAACCCUCUUUCCCUAUGAUUGGGGAAGGGAGAGAAGGAGGCGCCAUGUGUUCGGAGCAGGAUGAUAGGGAGACAAAGUUUGGGAAGGUCUCCGUCUUUUUUAUUUUCUUACCCCCUUUGGGUUUUGUUUUGUUUUGUUGGAAGGGCGCCAAAGGGACUUUGACAAAGACGGACAGAAAUCCUCCAGGACCCUCUUCGGGGAGAGAAGAACCAGUGAAGAUUCUGCCGCCGGCUUCCUUAAAUGAAGGAUCGUUCGCGACCGCGAGCCG